GCGGCUGCAACGCGCUUUUGCGCUGCGAGGAAGUUGACCGAGGCGGCUGCGGCAGGAUCCCCGGGGCCGGAUUGCACGAAGCCGGCGUGGCCAUCUCCUCGUCGCGCAACCUUGCCGCCUCCUGCGUGCUCUACUUUCCGCCUGCUAUUGUUACAGACUGUUUUCCGGUGGCGAGCCUUCCUCCGAAACUUGCGACGAAAGUGUUAGAUUGCUCCUUUUGGAACUGAGGAAUUGCAGACCACCUCUGGGUAGCUGGAUGGAACCCACCCCCGUCCCUUUCCGGUACCAAAGUGCUUACUCCUCUCCAAAGUGCCAUGUCUGAACUGUUAAUGGGAAGAAGCGGCUCCUGAAACGUGCCCACACCUUUGCACCUGCUUGCGCUUCCCCUUUCUCGGCCACCGUCCCCGCCGAAGCGGCGACGAGACAGCCCCCUUUGGAUGUCCUCCGUGGAAACUGGUUCUCCGAGGCUGGCAAGCUGAGGCUGGAUUUGGGGGAGGAAUAUCGCACUUGGAGGAGUCUGCGCGCUUUUCUCCUCCCCGCGCCUCGCGGUCGCCGCUAGUUCACCGCUCAGUCCCCGUGCUCGCUCCCCCACCCCACCCACUUCCUGUGCUCGCCCGGGGGGCGUGUGCCGUGCGGCUGCCGGAGUUCGGGGAAGUUGUGGCUGUCGAGGAUGGGGGUCUGUGGGUACCUGUUCCUGCCCUGGAAGUGCCUCGUGGUCGUGUCUCUCAGGCUGCUGUUCCUUGUACCCACAGGAGUGCCCGUGCGCAGCGGAGAUGCCACCUUCCCCAAAGCUAUGGACAACGUGACGGUCCGGCAGGGGGAGAGCGCCACCCUCAGGUGCACAAUUGACAACCGGGUCACCCGGGUGGCCUGGCUAAACCGCAGCACGAUCCUCUAUGCUGGGAACGACAAGUGGUGCCUGGAUCCUCGUGUGGUCCUCCUGAGCAACACGCAAACCCAGUACAGCAUCGAGAUCCAGAACGUGGAUGUGUAUGACGAGGGCCCAUACACCUGCUCCGUGCAGACAGACAACCACCCAAAGACCUCACGGGUCCACCUCAUUGUACAAGUCUCUCCCAAAAUUGUAGAGAUUUCUUCAGAUAUCUCCAUUAAUGAAGGGAACAAUAUCAGCCUCACCUGCAUAGCAACAGGUAGACCAGAGCCUACGGUUACCUGGAGACACAUCUCCCCCAAAGCUGUUGGCUUUGUGAGUGAAGAUGAAUACUUGGAAAUUCAGGGCAUCACCCGGGAGCAGUCAGGGGACUACGAGUGCAGUGCCUCCAACGACGUGGCCGCGCCAGUGGUACGGAGAGUGAAGGUCACCGUGAACUAUCCACCAUACAUUUCAGAAGCUAAAGGUACAGGUGUCCCCGUGGGACAGAAGGGGACUCUGCAGUGCGAAGCCUCAGCAGUACCCUCAGCAGAAUUCCAGUGGUACAAGGAUGACAAAAGACUGAUGGAAGGAAAGAAAGGGGUCAAAGUGGAAAACAGACCUUUCCUCUCAAAGCUCAUCUUCUUCAACGUCUCUGAGCACGACUAUGGGAACUACACUUGCGUGGCCUCCAACAAGCUGGGCCACACCAACGCCAGCAUCAUGCUGUUUGAAGUGAAAACUACAGCCCUGACCCCUUGGAAAGGCCCCGGCGCGGUCAGCGAAGUGAGCAACAGCACGUCGAGGAGGGCAGGCUGCAUCUGGCUGCUACCUCUCCUGGUCUUGCACCUACUCCUCAAGUUUUGAUGUGAGCGCCACUUCCCCCCUGGGGAAAAGCCGCCGCCUCCGCAACCCCCGACGCAACAGCAACGGCAACACCGACAGCUACAAAUCAGAUCUAUUCCAGUGAAAUUUGGAGAAACAAAGCCUAGUGGGACAGAAAUUCGAGGGAGGGGAACAAAGAAUACUUUGGGGGGAAAAAAGUUUAAAAAAGGAAAUUGAAACUUGCCUUGCAGAUAUUUAGGUACAACUGAGUUUUCUUUCUUUUCCCGAAUGGGAAGAACGCACACCCGGCCUGGACCCACCCGCGAGCUGCAGCAUUGUGUGACCUCUCUGUUGCCAGCAUGGGCAAGGGCUCAGCCACUCCGCCCACAAAGUGCUCCCCACCUUGGAACAUUCUGGAGUCGGCCAUCCCAAAUUCAGUCAGUCAAUAGAGGCAGACACAGAGUGAGACACUCAGGCCCAGAAGUGGUACCGCGGGUCCUUUGGUAGACUGUGCCACCGCUGUGUGUGUUACAACACAUGACAUUAAAAGAGAAAGAAAGAAAAGGAAAACAAAACAAGACAGCCCGACAGCAACAACAAUCCCACAAACAGUCACAAAAGAUACCGUUAAACUUUCUGUUUCUUUUCAUUUUACUACAUGGACAUCAUGGAUAAUAAGAGAUUCUGAUUCAUUAUUAAUUUUAUUAAUUAUAUUUUCUGAUAUGAGUCUAGAACUUAGUGCAAAAACAAGACAAAACUAAAAAAUACACAGUUGAAAGGGGUGACGAGAAGUAUGUAUGUUAAACAUUAAAAAUGAAUAGUGUACUUCUUAACAAGGUUUACAACUGGUGGACCACACACUGGGCAUUGACCGCCUGGUGAGGAUUUGGCUUAUCCACCAAAAAAUACAUCCGAUUUUACCAACAUCUCCACCAGCGCUACAGAUUCCUCCUUACUCUGGCAUCUCAUGCAGACAGCACUACGCUAUCGACACACUGUUAGAAACGGAAAGGUGAUCUGCACUGUAUCUUGGGUUCGUUGGCUAUGCUUCUUUUGAUGACAUAUAUUAUACAGUAUAUAUAUACAUAUAUUUUUUUUGUUAGAGUUCUAGCCAUUUUCUUUCUCAGCAGGGUCCUAUCUCAGACAUUACUGCAUGCUGUAUAUGGCGUUAGCUGUGUGUUGAUCUUCUACAAGAUGAUAGAGUUUACUGGUAAUUGUGUAAUCAGCUCCUGCCUUUUUAUUUUCUUGGGUUAUUUACAUGUCAGAGACAUUUAUAAGAAGUGAAAAGAAAACACAAAAACACAAAACAAAAAGCAAACAACUAAUACCAGGCGCAGCAUCUUUCCAGGUGUGGCUCUCUGCAGCACAGGCUGCCUAGGUGGCCUCCUGCUCCAUCACGCCCUGUGGCAUUAACAGACAGCAAGCAACUGAACAGACUAAACCGUCAGUAACCACUUGCUUCAACCCAUUAUGGGAAUCUCUGAUGCCUUUGUGACCACUGGAGAGUUUAAUCCUCUUGGUUUAUUUAAUUUAAUUUCCCAUCUUUGUGUGAGUGUGUAUGAAAGAGAAGAAAAUGAAAUUUUUAGGUAACUUUUCUGUUCCUCCCCUGAAGUCUGGGAACCAGAGAAGCCUCGGGGAAGGGUCCUGGAUAUGAUGAGGGAAAGUGGGAUUGGGGGGUCGGGGAGGGAGGGGUUGUCUCUGACUUGACAUUAAAAAGUGUUCCAUGUCCCUCUUCA